AUGUUCGACGAGUACCUUCACGUCGGGGAGACAACUGGCCGCGAUUGUCUGAGGAAUUUUUGUAGGGGAAUUGUGGAGGCUUUUAGGAACACAUAUUUGCGAAGGCCAUCUACUGAGGAUUGCCAGAGCCUGAUGAGGAUGCAUGAGACGGUGCACGGCUUCCUUGGAAUGCUAGAGAGCAUCGAUUGUAUGCACUGGGAGUGGAAGAAUUGCCCAACGGCGUGGAGAGGCCAAUUUACUAGUGGCUACAAGGACAGCCACCCGACGAUGAUCCUCGAAGCCGUCGCUGACCAUCGGCUCUGGAUCUGGCAUGCAUGCUUUGGUGUAGCCGGGUCGAACAACGACAUCAACUUCCUCAACUCGUCCACCCUCUUCGCCGAUCAAUCCAGGGGUCGCAGUCCGACCAUCGAGUUCACUGCCAAUGGACGCCAAUAUCAUAUGGGGUACUACUUGGCCGAUGGCAUACGGACGGUGGCCUAUUUUUGUGAAGACGAUCAGGAGGCUACGCGAAAGGAUGUGGAGCGGGCUUUUGGUGUGCUCCAAUCGCGGUGGGCAUUAGUGAAAGGUCCGGCGCGUUUGUGGUUCAAGGAAGUCAUCGCCAAUGUCAUGUAUGCGUGCAUCAUCUUGCAUAACAUGAUAGUCGAACAAGAAGCUAGACAUGUCACCGAUUGGGCCGAUGAUGAAGGUGGAUCUAGCUCCAGCACGGCGACCCCGCCUGUCGCUCGAGGAUUACCGAUGGACUUCGGUGAGGUUCUAGCUAGGCAGACCUCAAUGCGCAGCCAACAAGACCAUGCGGCGCUCAUGAACGACAUGAUUGAAGAAGUUUGGAAGCGCCACGACCAUUGGGAAUUUGUAGUUUUUUUAUUUCUUACUGUAAUUUGA